GUUGGGAAGAGUUUGUCGACAAGACAACUGAUUUUGGGAAUCUUCGAAUUCAAUUUCCAUUUCAAUUGAAGUAAAUUGUACCUUUUUUUAGUAAUGGAGCGCCACGGUACUAUUCGCAUUCCUGAUCUCAUCCAGAAAAAGAGGGACAAACAUGAACUGGACCCGGAGGAGAUUCGUUAUUUUAUUGGAGAAAUGGUCAAAGGUUGCAUUGAGCAAGUGCAAUUAGGGGCAAUGCUUAUGGCCUGGUACUUCAACGGAAUGUCACCUAAGGAGCUUACCGUCCUCAUCGAUUGCAUGACCCAUUCAGGUGAAACUCUGUCGUGGCCAGAUGAAUGGAAGACCCUUUUGGUAGACAAGCACAGCACUGGCGGUGUAGGCGAUAAAGUUUCGUUAGUGCUGGCACCCGCCUUGGCCGCUUGCGGAUUAAAAGUGCCCAUGAUCUCCGGACGAGGCCUGAGUUUUACUGGCGGUACACUCGAUAAACUCGAAGCAAUUCCAGGGUUCAAUGUUAGUCUAAAUAACGACCAAAUGUGCGAAUGUCUGCGUCACGUGGGAUGCUUUAUCGCAGGACAGACUAAGAGUCUUGUCCCAGCCGACCGCAUAAUGUACGCAGCUCGCGACGUCACAGCAACAGUGGACAACAUCAAUCUUGCAACAGCAUCCAUAAUUUCCAAAAAAGCGGCAGAAAAUAUCAGUGCACUCGUUUUGGAUGUCAAAGUUGGGAGGGCAGCUUUUUUCAAAAACCUAAACGACGCUCGACUUGUCGCUAGAAGUUUGGUAGAAGCAGCGCGGGACCAAGGAAUCAAAACAACAGCCGUUCUCACCACAAUGGACACACCCAUCGGGAUGGCUAUCGGGAACUCGUUAGAAAUUAUGGAAGUGAUUGAAACUUUGCGAGGAAAGGGGCCACCCGAUCUGGUUGAAUUAGUUAAAAUUCAAGGCGGGUUGUUAUUGAAUUCGGUGGGUCGAAUGGACAUGUCGAAAGGGGAGCAGCUAAUCGAAGAGACUCUACAAAACGGGGCGGCUCUUGCUUGUUUUGAAAAAAUGCUGAUUCAUCAAAACGUCGACGUACGAUUGGCUGCUGACUUGUGCUCGGGAGGGCAAACGCUGGCACGAGCCAAAUAUGUGACUGCAAUUCUAUCUCCAUCUUCUGGUCGCGUACUGGACAUAGAUGCCUUAGCUUGCGGUUCCGUUUGCGGUGCACUCGGAGCCGCACGUGCCCGGGCAUCGGAUGUGAUCCUUUCAGCCGUUGGGAUCGAGUUACUUGUCACUGUUGGACAAUCCAUCACUCAAGGACAGCCUUGGGCAAAACUGCAUCAUGAAGAUCAGUCAGUCGCUUCUGAGCUUUUGAUCAAGUUGCAAAACGCAGUCGUUGUCGGAGAGGCGAACAAUGCCCUUGUCCCGACAAGUAGGAUUUUAGAAAUAGUACAGUAAUGAAAAGAAAAAUAACAAG